ACCAAGCCAUGCAAGUAACUUAUCACUUAUCAAACUUCUCAAUAGCCAAAAAUGACAACUUAUGCCACCAUAUUGUUCCUCUUCUUUGCCAUGUCCACAACCACAUCCUUUUGCCUCCAAGAAAUGGAGGUACUCCAAAUGGCUAAAACACAAGUUUCACAAGCCAUUAAUUGGGUUGAUAACUCUAUGAAAUUGCAUGGCUUGGAAAGCAUGAGCAUCUCAUUAAAUCAAACAAGUGUUUUGGCUCUAAGAGAUUGUGCUAAACUCUAUGAGGAGAGUGAGUUUAUGCUCAAUAACAUGAUGGUUGAAAAGAGUAGUUACACUAAAGAAGAUGCUAUUAUAUGGGUAAGUGCAAUGAUGACAAACCAUAAGACAUGUUUGGAUGGAUUGGAGGAAAAAGGGUAUGUUCAAGCAAACCAAGUUUUGGAUAGAAACUUGACAAGUUUGCUAGGCCAAACACUUGUUUUGUAUUCAAAUAACAAAAUUAAAGUCAAAGAACAACCUCAAAGAAGUACAAUAUUAGAAGAAAACGAUGGACUACUAGAUUCAUGGAGUCUAGCAAACCAUAGAGCAGACUUCACAGUGGCACAAGAUGGUUCAGGAAGUCAUAGAACAAUCAAAGAAGCAGUGGAUGCACUUGCUUCAAUGGGACAUAAUCGUCCUUCAAGAGCAGUUAUUCAUGUAAAAGCAGGAGUGUACCAUGAAAAAGUGGAGAUUGAAAAGAAGUUGCAUAAUGUUAUGUUUGUUGGAGAUGGCAUUGACAAAACUAUUGUCACUGGAAAUAGGAAUGUUGUUCAUGGUUCUACCACUCUUAACUCUGCCUCAUUUGAUGUAUCAGGGGAUGGAUUUUGGGCAAGAGACAUGACAUUUGAGAACACAGCAGGACCAGAAAAUCACCAAGCAGUAGCACUCAAGGUAAGUUCAGACUUAUCAGUCUUCUACAGAUGCAGCUUCAAAGCCUACCAAGACACACUUUACGUCCACUCGAACCGACAAUUCUACCGCGACUGUCACAUAUACGGAACAAUCGAUUUCAUCUUCGGCGACGCAGCCGUCGUGUUACAAAACUGCGACAUUUUCAUUAGGAAACCAAUGAGUCACCAAUCAAAUUUCAUCACAGCACAAGGAAGAGACGAUCCUAACAAACCAACCGGAAUAUCGAUACAAAAUUGUAGGGUUAGACCAGAUUCUGACUUUUCUAUGGUAAAGGAUUCUAUAAAGAGCUUUUUAGGUAGGCCUUGGAAAAAAUAUUCAAGGACAGUGUUUAUUAAAAGUGAUUUAGAUGGUUUGAUUCAUCCUAAAGGUUGGGGUGAAUGGGAGGGUAAUUUUGCACUUUCAACUUUAUACUAUGGUGAGUAUAUGAAUACUGGAAAUGGUGCAUCUACACAAAAUAGGGUUAAUUGGCCAGGUUUUCAUGUGUUGAAGAGUUCUGAUGAGGCUUCACAGUUUACAGUGAGUAGAUUUUUGCAAGGUGAACAUUGGAUUUCAGCUUCAGGGGUGCCAGUUUGGAGUGGAAUUUAAAUUGGGGAAAGUACUUCAUAGUUUAUGAAAUUAAGGAGAUAUUUUAAUAUAUGUAAUAAUAAUGGCUUAAAAUAGUUUGUUAUGUUAAAUGAGCUACUUAGCAGUUAGCACUAUAUAAUAUAUGUAUUCCUAGAUACAUAUAUGCAGCUGUCACAGUUGGGCACCCAAGAAACUAAUAUGUAAUGUAAACAAUUAUAUUUAUAUAUGGAGUAAAUUAAUAUUAGUAUAA